AUGAAGACCUGGAUCAAACAUCCAACGCCGAUCGUGUUCUCGCCCGACAGCAAAAACCUCGCAAUCGCCAGUGCAGACUCCUUGCAGAUAUGGGAUAUAAGUGCAUGCUGUUGUAUCGCAAUGAAGACGCACCAACAAGAUGAUCUGGAUAUAACCUGUAUCGCGUACUCUCCCGGCGGCGCACAUGUCGCGUACGGCACACAGAGUGGUACGGUGUGGUUGUGGGAUCUGGAGACAGACCAUUCGAGUCAGGUGGGAAACACACUCGAAGGCCGCAAUCAGAGGAUCGCGUGCGUCGCUUUCUCUCCAGCGGGAAAGACUAUAGCGUCGAUCUCCGGCGAAGCACUGCGCAUCUGGGAUGCAGAGACAGUGCGGCAGGUUGGCGAAGACAUGGUAGGACACCCGGAUGGGAUCCUAUGUGUCGCCUUCUCACCGGACAGUAGACAUGUCGCCGCCGGAGAGCACGACGGCUUGGUGAGGAUAUGGGAUGUGAAGACGCAGCGGCAGCUCGGGGACGCACUGCAG